AUGGCUAGCCACAGACUUUCCCCUCCAAUCGAGGUCACAUCGCGCCCGCGGCCGCCUUCGCAAGCCGGGAGUUUCAUGGAUGUGGGCAAAGGUAAUUGGAGGGCUCUAUCCACUGGUGAAGCAGUCGCUUGGAACCUUCGAUAUGAGCCCACUCCAGUCCACUUGACCCCAGAAGGACUAGAGGCAGAUCGGGACAUGGCAGCGCACUCUGGCAUUGGAUCGAUGGAAAGCAGCCUAAAGCAGGGGAUAGCACGAGCCUCGGGGAAUAAUGUGAGCCCGUCGUCGAAUGAUAGACCUUAA